AUGGAUUUCGAUAUUGAUGCUGUUCUUGAUCAAUUAGAAAAGACACUCAAUCAAUCAGAUCAUGAAGAAAAAGAACCAAAUCAAAUUAUUCAAACAUCUUCUAUGCCUUCAACUUCUAAGAAAACAGCUGAUGAACUACUUUUACUCGAACUUGAUCCUCUUGGAAAUCCAGAAUAUCAUAAUAAUAAUAAUAAUCAAGAAAAUGAUGAUAAAAUUGAACGUAUUAAACAAGAUCUUCAAGAAUUGUAUGCAUCAUCAAUUGUGAUUGAUACACCAUCAAUGCCUACAUCUACUUUACCUGAUGUUAUUGUUCAACAAGAAGAGAAUUUAUCAACAUCAUUACCAUUUGCUGUUGAACAACUAGAAUUUGAAGUACGACAAGAAAUUUUACAACAUACUCUUGAUCAAUCAUCAUCACCAGAUUUAACAACUAUGCCAAAUAAUCAUCAUGAUGAUACAAAAGAAACAGGUUUAUUUUCAACAUCAUCAACGUCAACUGAAGAAGGAGAAGAAGAAGAAGAAGAAGAAGAAGAAGAAAAACCUUCAUCACCUUUACCAGUAACCGAAACAGCACAAACAUCAAAUAAUUUAAUAUAUCAAAGUGAACCUGAUCUUAUUCAACAUGAAACACCACCAGUAAAAACACCAGUGAUUUUACAUAGUGUUGAUAGUAUUGUCAAUGCACCCAUGGGAACUAAUCUUGAUGAUUUUAUCACUUCUGAUCCAUCAAUGAAUGAGACGGCAACACUUCAGCAAUCUUCUGAAAUUUUCUUCAUUGGCUGUAAUGAUAAUGAUGAAAAAUCUAUGCAAUCAUCAUCUGAAGAACCUAUAGGCGAUAAUGAAAUACUUUCUUCUCCUAUGACCAAAUUAACAACUGCUGUACCUACGCAAGAUUUUGAUCUUGUUAAAAAUAUUCUAUCUGAAAUUUUUGAUAAAAAUAAUGAAGAAAUACUUGAUGAAAAUCCAAUUGAAGAAAAAGAAUCUGAACUAGUUAAUAUUGAACAACAAGAAAUAUCUCCACCACCAGCAUCAUUGACGACAAGUAAUGAUGAAGAUUUUCGUUUUCUUGAUGAAAUGCUUGCAAGUAUUGAUGGACCCGAUGUCGAUAUUCAUCAAUUAACUCCAGCUGAAAUUGAUCGAGUUGAUAAUAUACUUAAAGAAAUUGUUAAUGCACAUCAAACAGAAACAGUGUCAUCAUCAUUAUCAUCAUCACUAAUUAAUGACAUUGAACCUUGUCCACCUCCAUCUCCUCCUCCUCCUCCUCCUCCUCCUUCAGAACAACCACCAUCACCACCAACAGAAUCUGAUCUUUCAUAUGCACCACAAUCAGUAGCAGCUGCAGCUGAAGCUGCAGCUUCAACAGUAGUACCUGUCGAUGAAGAAUUGAUACGUGUGGAACAAGAAUGGUCUAAAUUAACUGAAGAAGAAAAAACACUAGGUUCAGUUGCACCGGAAUGGGUUAGCGAUGAUCAAGCACCUGUAUGUAUGAAAUGUUCAGCUAAAUUUUCAAUAACGCGUCGUCGUCAUCAUUGUCGUGCAUGUGGAAAAGUUUUUUGUUCAGCAUGUUGUUGGCAAAAAGUUAAAUUAAUUCAUGAUGAUAGUAAAGAAGAUCGAGCAUGUAAUGAUUGUAUUAAAACUAUUAAUAAUGUUGAAUAUUUAUGGAAUUAUAUGCGUAAUAAUCAAAAACCUCGUUCAUCUGUACUACGCAAAAAAUCAGGUAAGAGUUUAAAACAAACAUUAUCAUCAAUGUACAUUUGA